GCGCCAUGGAAAUCCAAGUCCCUGACGACCCGGUGAUCGCCCUCUUCGGCCGUGAUGCCACCUUGAGCUGCUCCUUCUCGCCCGGCGCCAACUUCAGCCUGGCCGACCUCAGCCUCAUCUGGCAGCUGACAGACACCAAACGGCUGGUGCACAAAUUCGCGGAGGGGCAGGACCAGCUGGCCAACCAAGGGAGGAGCUAUGCCAACCGCACCACCCUCUUCUACGACCAGCUGUCCCAGGGCAACGCCUCCCUCCUCCUGCGCCGUGUGCAGAUCGCUGAUGAGGGGAGCUUCACCUGCUUCGUCAGAGUCCGCGACUACAGCAGCGCUGCGGUGGCGCUUCAGGUUGCCG